AACGACAGUAUAUAAAUGAUAACGGCGAUCAUCGGUCGUACAGUGAGAUUUCCGUUGACAAGUGAAUCCACAACAGACCAAGAAUCCGAAAUGCGCUCUUUGCUCACCACGGUUUUGUGCCUUUCUAUGACUGUCUGCAUACUAGCAAACGACUUUGAACUUGGCGAACGCCAGACGGGCGAUCACUCCGUCAGGGACGCUUUCAUCACUAAGCCUCCGAACUAUUGGAAUCCGAAGGGCACGAUAGUCACAGUCGGAGUGACGUGUCCAGUUAAUGAAAUCACCACCUACGUUAAGAUUCACAACAUAAAUGACAGUCAGGUUAACUAUAAUCCGUACCGUGGUGUCGGUACGAAAUCCGUAGCGGUAAAGGUAACAGGAAAAAGGGACGAGGGAUUAUGGUUAAAAGUAGAUGGUUACUGCAUUGAAAAGAGCCAAUAGAUCCAAACACAAUUACUUCAGAGGCACCGACAACAACGGAAUGAACAACGCGGGAGUAGACGACGAUACGGCGAGCUACAACAUUGCAGAGUACGACGUCAAC